AUGCGAUUUGAGUAUUUGACUAGGGCUGAAGCCUAGAAGCGAAAGGUGAAGCAAACCCGUCUCCCAUAGUUGGAUUAUCCUCAUGGGCCUCUUCGUUUCUCGCCGCCUUGUCCUCCACUUUGGAAAUGCUCUCAUAAAUAGCAGGCCAAACAAUCUCCGCCAUACAACUUCACCGUGAAUAAGAUUCAUUCUAGCUAGUAGCUACUAUACCCGAUGUUUACUUGAUAGGUAUUAUAUUCGUGUUCAUAUACAAAAUUUGAAUGCAGGCAAUUUGUUUGUUCUGAAUUCAAUUGUUUCGUUUCUUAUUUCUACCUUUCAUACCCCAGGUUAUUGGAUUAUGGCACCGAGGAGAAGAGAUAGAAUCAGUAAACUUCCGGUAGAAAUACUUGACCACAUCUUGGGAUUUUUGCCGAUUAAAGAUGCUGCUAAAACCGCUGUUCUGUCUUCCAUUUGGAGAGAUGUUUGGUCCAAUCUCACACAACUUAACUUUGAUCGUCACUUCUUUUCUUAUAUGGAAAAGACACAACGUCAUCCUAGCAAUUAUUUCAGGGAAUAUGCCCCGGGGUAUGUGAUCAACAAAGUUCUCCUCCAACACAAUGGAACUAUUCAGAAAUUUGUUAUCUAUUUUGUUGAUGUUGGUGUUGGGAUACUUACAAUAAAGUCCCUCGACCAGUGGUUACUUUUAGUUACACAGAAAGGUGUUGAGGAAAUGAACAUUCGUCUUCAGUAUAAUAUAUACAAGCUGCCGAAUUACAUAUUUUCUUGUUCAACGCUCAAGAGGUUGCAUCUUUCUUAUGUCGUUGUUCAACCAAUGAAAUCCCCCUGCAUACUACCAAAUGUUGAUUUGCUUAGUUUUGAGUAUGUUAACUUUGAUCCUAUAGAGCCUUCACAUUGUGCCAUUGAUGUUCCUGUACUCGAGAGUCUAUUAUUUUAUUGCUGUGGAGACAUUUUUAAUUUUAACAUGACUGCUCCAAAGCUGUGUGAUUUAACAAUCACAGGUUGCUACUCUGAUUGUUUGGACAAAUUUCUUCCGGUUAAUUUGGACUUGAGAUCUAUUUCUACUCUGAAUUUGCAAUAUUCAAAUAUCGAGAAAUUUGUUGAAGAAAUUAGUAGGAUGGGAUUUCAACUAAAUGUGGAAAGGCUUAAGCUAUCAUUUACUUACCAAACUGAUACAAUAACUCCUGCACUUGUUCAUUUGCUGCAAUCAUGCCCCAAGUUAUGCAGACUUGACUUGAAUGUAUCUGCGCUUGAGGAGAUGGAAAUUAGAUAUAAUCGCGCCUUUUCGAAACUCUUGUCAAAACUUCAAGGCGUGGCACAAACAAAUAAAAUGCUUCGUACUUUGAAGCUUGACUCAUUUAGCGGGUGGCAGUCUGAAAUUCUUUUCAUUAAGGAGGUACUUGCCUAUUUUUCAGCACUUGAAAAGCUUUUCAUUAUUUUUGCCUCUUAUAACCAAACAGAGGAGUUCAAGUUUGGAGUUAUGCAACAACUUUUGCAUUUUCCUCGUGCCUCCACAAAAGCAGAAAUUGUUGUUUUGCAUUUUCCUCAUGCCUACCCCACAAAAGCAGAAAUUGAUGUUAUUUAAUGGGUAUGUUUCUGUUGAACUAUGCUUUUUGGUUUGAGUGUGCCAAAUGACAAUUUGACAAUAUAAAAAUUUCUACUUGUGCCAA